CUGCUGCUGCAGCAGGAGAUGAAGGAGAUGCAGGAGCAUCGGAAGCAACUGCAGCAACUGCAGCAUCAAGCCGUGCAGCAACAGCAACAACAGCAGCAGCAAGAGCAACAACAGGACGAAUGGAUACUGGAUCUGCAGCAACAGCAGCAACAGCAGCAGCAACAGCAGCAACAGCAGCAGCAGCAGGAGGAGGGAGACAGGGAGCUAGUGACCCUACAGGGGCAUUUAUAUUACAUAUGAUGGUAACAGGGACAAGAGAGGUGCAGCAAACUCUGCUGUCUCUGCAGCAAGUUGCUGCUGGUGCUGUUGCUGCAGCAAGAGGUGGUAAUACAGCAGCAGCAGCAGGAGGAGCAGCAGGAGCAGCAGCAGGAGCAGCAACAGGAGGGGGAAGAGGUAUUGGUGUUGUUGGUAAUAAUCCUCUAGAUCUUGCUGCUGCAGCUACUGCAGCAGCAGCAGCAGCAGCAGCAGAUAAGCAGCAGCAAACCAAGACACUAUACCGCAGACACUACAGGGCACCAAAGGAAUUCCCCUUCGUUAUUCGUUGCAGUCUCCUACAGUCUGCUGCUAGGGACCCUCGUGUUGCUGCUAAGCUUAAGGCAUGGAGAGCAGCAGCAGCAGCAGCAGCUGCUGCUGCUGCUGCUGCUGGUGCUCCUGCUGCUGCAAGUACUGCAACAGAAACAGGGGAUACAGAUGACGCACAAACACAAGAAACAGCAACAGGUGAUGCAGCAGCAGCAGCAGCUGCUGCUGCUGCUAAUUAUCCUAGCGAAGGAGAUGUAAAACAGCAGCAGCAGCAGCAGCAGCAGCAGGAUCAGGAUGCAUCCGAUGAAGGAGGGGAAGGAAGAGGCAGCGAAUGGAGAGAGUGUUACCUACAGUACUCUCAUACACAAAGACAAGCUGCUGCAGCAGGAGGAGGAGGAAGAACAGCAACAGCACCUGCUACUAUUGAGGAUGCUACUGGUGCUGCUGCUGCUGCUGCUGCUGAUGAUGAUGAUGAUGUACAACCAGGUGCUUGGGGUCUUCGUGGUUCUCCUCCUUUAUUAGAAGAUAGUACAGCAGCAGCAGCAAGAGCAGCAGCAGCAGGAGGAGGAGGAGGAGGAGGAGGAGGAGGAGGAGGAGAAGAAGAAAUUAUAGGUGGUUGUUCAUGGAUAGAAUUAAGAAAGCAGCUGCAAUGCCGUUUGCUGCUGCAGCAGCAAAGAAGGAAAUAUGUGCAGCAAGAGUUAGCAACUGCUGCAGCAGGAGAAGCUGCUGCUGCUGCUGUUGCUGCUGCUACUACAGCAGCAGCAGCUGAAUUAACACCACAACGUACUCCUAUUACAUUCAAUACUAUAUACACUGGAUAUGAUGGCAGCAACAGGCAGCAGCACCAAGCUGCUACACCACCACCACCAGCAGCAGCAGCAACAGCAGCAGCAACAGCAGCAGCAGCAGCAGCAGCAGCAGGAGAUGCUGCUCAAUCGUCUCCUGUUGAUGUAGAAGAGAUCAAUACACAACCUCAACAACAGCAGCAGCGACAGCAGCAGCAACAGCAGCAGCAGCAGCAAAGGGCACCAAAUUCUUAUUCAGCAAUGGAUAUGCUGCAGCAUCAGCAGCAAGCUUAUCAGCAGCAGCAGCAGCAGCAGCACAGAUAUGCUGAGUUGCUGCUGCCUAUAGAUGAGGAUGAAUUCAGGAAUAUAUCUUAUCGUCCACCAGGAGGUGCACCAUCACCAGCAGCAGCAGCAGCAGCAGCAGCAGCAGGAGAGCACCAUCAGCAGCACUAUCACCAGUACCAUCACCAGCAGCAGCAGCAGCAGCAGCAGCAGCAGCAGCAGCCUCUAUCUAAGAAGUGGAGUAUAUCCCGUCGUUGGUUGAUUGGUCAUCCUCUUGCUGUUAUUGCUAAAAUAUUUGCAGAUACUAUUGAAUCUGCUGAGAUACCUAUUGAUGGUAGUAAUGUUAGUGUAUUAGAUCUAUAUAAAUUAGAUCUUGAGCAGUUAUUGCUGCUAGGGGUACCAUUACUUUGCUGCCCUUUUGGUACACGCAGCAGCAGCAGCACCAGCAGCAGCAGCAGCAGCAGUAGUAGUAGUAGUAGUAGUAGCAGCAGCAGCAGCAGCAGCAACUUCGGGAUAAAUGAGGAUACACCACGCAACAAUCCUUUUGCUGUACAUGAUCCUCUAGCAGCAGCAAGUGCAGCAGUAGAAGCAGCAGCAGCAGCAAAUGCUGCAGCAGGAGGAGGAGAUGCAGCAGCAGGAGGUAUUGAAGGAGGAGAAAGACGUAUAUCAGCUGCAGCAGCAGCAGCAGUAGCUGGAUGUUUGCUGCUUCCUUCUUCUUGCUGCUCUGUUGAUCCUGUAUUAGCAGCAGCAAUAAGACAUCCUUCCUCUCGCUUCUUUUUAUUAACAAGAAUUAUCUUGGGGCUGCAUGCAGAUCUAUGCUACCAAGAAGGGACACAAGGAGAAGAUAAGGAUAUACAAGAAAAUAUUCUUGCUGCAGUAGAGGCAGCAGCACCAAGCAGCAGCAGGAAACAUUUACCUACAUUCAAGCAGCAGCAGCAGCAGCAAAGACGACUGCAGCAGGAAAGACAGAUGCAACAUCAACCUCCUUAUCUGCUGCUGCUGCAGCAGCAGCAGCAGCAACAACUACUAUUGAAUCAAGAACGUAUGGAAGCACAAAGGAGGGAACAGCGCAUGCAACAGGAGCAACACCAACCUGCCCCUCCUGCUGCUGCUCCUCCUCCUCCUCCUCCUCCUGCUGUUGCUGCUGCUGCUGGAUUACCUACAGGCACAAGCGCUCCUGUCCUUCAAGAAGAUAGCAGUCGACCGCAGCAGCAGCAACAGCAGCAGCAGCAGCAGCAGGGAGAAGGGCAGCAGCAACAGUCUGCUGUGACCGUUCCUCGGGUAGGAGAUGCAGCAACACCAACAGCAGCAACACCAGCAGCAGCAACAGCAGCAACAGCAACACCAGCUGCUAUGCAUGCAGACACAGCUCCUGUUGCUUCUCCUGGUCAUUCUGCUGCCCCCGACAGCAGCAGCAGCAGCAGCAGCAGCAGCAGGAUGAGCAUGCUUGCGGAUGCAGCACAAGAGCAGCUACGCGAGCUGCUGGUAAGACAGGAGGAGCAGAGGCAGCAGCUGCUUGGUCGCCACCUGCAGCAGCAGCAGCAGAUGCGGCAGCAGAUGGCUAGACAGCAGCAGCUAUUUAUGUUAACACAGCAGCAGCAUUAUGGUGUAUUACAUCGUCAGCAGCUAGUGCAGCAGCAGCAGCAGCAACCAUCUAAACAGCAGCAAGAAGAGGAGGAACGUAAGAGGCUGCUGCUGCAACCUGCCGAGACACCUGAGGAUACUCGUGCUGCUGCUCGGGUGUAUCUGCAGCUCUUCUUCUUAUUAGAGGUCUUCUCUGUUGUAUGGCAAUGGUGGGAUCGUCUCCCCAUCACGGACAGACACAGGCUGCUGGCAGCAGCCCCACAGCAGCAGCAGCAGCAGCAGCAGCAGCAGCAGCAGCAGCAGCAGCAGUAUGCGAAGCCAAAGAAGCCUCAUGAAGCCCUGUGGCAGUUUUUGUCGCGUCUUGCUGCUAUUGAGCAGCAAAGGAUUGCUGCUGCUGCAGCAGAUGAGGAGCAGCAGCAGCGCAGCAGCAACAGACAGAGGCAGCAAACGGAUAUAUCUUGCCGUCGCCUAGAGGCAAAGAGGCAGCGGCUAGCUAGGGAGCAGCAGCAGCUGCUAGCUGAUGGGCGUAAUGCAGGUAGUGCAGCAGCAGCAGCAGCAGCAGUUGCUGCUGCUGCUGCUGCAUCUAAUGCUGCUGCUGUAGCAGCAGCAGCAUCUUCUUCUGAUCAGGAGGUAGCAGCAGCAAGAGCACAGAUAACAGAGGCAGCAUAUGCUGCAGCAAGAGCAGCAGCAGCAGAGAGCGAGGCUACAAACAACAGGGUAGGCAUGCAUCCAUUGGCUGCACUGCAGCAGCAGCACCAGCACCAGCAGCAGCAGCAGCAGCACCAGCAUCAUAGAUGGCUGCGCAGACGGAUAGACAGACACAGCCGCAGCAGAAGCAGCAGCAUCAGCAGAUUUGCUUAUGAUUCUCCUGAUGAAUCCUAUAGCCCGCAGCAACAGCAGCAGCAACAGCAGCAGCAGCAGCAGCAGCAGCAGCAGCGGGAGGGUGGGAGAAGGAGUGACAGCUAUGGUGGAUCUAGCGGUAUUCCUAUGGAGCAUGCAACUCUCCCAGCAGCAGCAGCAGCAGCAGCAGCAGCAGGAGCAGUAGAUCGUUCUCCUGUAGCCAUUCGUUCUGCGUCUUCCCCCCAAUCAGCAGCAGCAGCAGCAGCAGCAGCUGCAGCAGCAGCAGGAGCAGCAGGAGAGGACAAAUGGCUACACUCGUUCUCGCGCAUGCGCUCGCUGCUGCAUGCAGCAGAGACAGAGAAAUUAGUAAUAGAAGGAGACACAAGGGCCUCCUCUAUCUUUGGUGUUAUUAGGCAGCAGCAGCAGCAGCAGCAGCAGCACCAUACAGCAGAAGACACAAGAUUAAUAGGAAGGAGACUCCCUUUUCCUCCUAGUAAGUUGCUGCUAGGAGGAGACACAUUAAAUAUAAGGCCUUGUAUACCCAGCAGCAGCAGCAGCAGCAGCAACAGCAGCAGCAGCAACAGCAGCAGCAGCAGCAUGAACUGCUGCAGAGGGUGUGGGGCCUUCUGCUACUGUACUAAGACAGAGUACCAGAUACCCCACAGUACCUCGAGCAGCAGCAGCAGCAGCAGCAGCAUUGGGACUAGCAGCAGCAGCAGCAGCAGCAGCAGCAACAGGAGAGGGAGCAUGUAUGGAAGUGGUGAGCAACAGGUAUGUAUGUACUUGAAUCGUGUAGCUGAAUCACAGCAGCAGCAGCAAAUGCAGCAGCAGCAAAUGCAGCAGCAACUGCAGCAAGAAGACACAACAAGACAAGGAGGAGGAGGAAGCAGCAGCAGAAGAAGAGGAUUUGGGGUGUCUAUGCAGCUCCUCUCGGGUGUAUCUGCAGCACAAUUAGAUGCAAUUGUCCCUCCUUAUCCCUUAAUGGAGG